CCACAAUGUCUGCCAUUCUUGCCCGCAGAGCCCUACCCCUCGCCAUCCGUUCCUCACAACGCCAUGCUCUCCAGACCCGCUUCAGCAGCACCGCCCCAAAAGUUCUUUCUGACUUCUCGAUGGAGAACAAGGUCUGCAUGAUCACUGGUGGUGCUCGUGGGUUAGGGAACGAGUUCUGUCGCGCUUUCGUUCGCUCAGGAUGUACUUCCAUGGCUAUUGUUGACCUGAAGCAGCAAGAGGCUCAAGCCGCCGCCGAGGAACUCGUUGCUUCCGCUUGCCUUAACAGCGAUAUGAAGCCGUCGGACUUCAAGUUCAUUGGACUUGAGUGCGAUGUCUCGUCAGAGCGCUCGGUGCAGAAAGCGUUUGCGGAGACGAUGGGCACGUUCGGCCGCCUUGAUUCGGUCGUCGCUUCUGCUGGUAUCGUGGAGAACUACUCUGCCUUUGAUUACCCUUUCGACCGCAUCAAGCGUCUGUAUGAUAUCAACGUGCACGGAGCUUUCUUCACCGCGCGCGAGGCUGCACGCAACAUGAUACCGCAAGGAGGCGGCAGCAUCGUCCUCGUCGCGAGUAUGAGUGGUAGCAUCGUCAACAUCCCGCAGCCGCAAACGCCCUACAAUGCUUCCAAAGCCGCCGUCAAGCACAUGGCAGCCAGUCUCGGCGUUGAAUGGGCGAAAAAGGGUGUUCGUGUGAACACGCUCAGCCCUGGCUACAUGUUGACCAAGCUUACGAAGACUAUCUUGAGCCACGAUCAAGAAUUAAAGAAAACCUGGGAGAGUCUCACACCCAUGGGCAGGAUGGGCGACCCUGAAGAUCUGGCUGGUGCCGUCGUGUUCCUCGCUAGCGACGCUUCCCGCUUCAUGACCGGUGCCGAUAUUCGCGUCGACGGCGGUUACUGCAUCAUCUAGACAAGUUAUUUUCCAAUUCUGUUUCCGUACUUCUGGCCAGAUAGACACAUAACUUAAAGAAUGGUACCUGGGCGGGCGCGUUCACUGUUCUCUCUUUUUUAAUCCGUUUUUUGGUUUUGAUACCUCCAUCCUCUGAAUCGUUCAUCACAAGCCAAGGGUCUCGACUGUUUGUUUUCUUGGUUCUCCCGUACUCCUCGUUCUUGUAUGCAUAUGUUACUGUAACAAUGUUGGGUCCAGGUUGUCUCUUUUGACUGCACAUCCAUCUUCUUACGAACUGGUAAUGUACCCACCAGUACAUAGGUCUUGAAUAAUGUUUAUUCUGUCGCUUUCCC